ACAGAUGUAAUGCUGAUUAAAUAGCUGUCAAAUGUUCGUUUUUUACUGGACGCUUGCGCUAAAUGUAUUAUAUUCUUGAUCCAUAUCUUGUUGCAGUUAGAGUUUAACUAAAAGUCCCAUAAUGCACCAGUUGGUUGCCCUGGAAACGACUUGUUGUGGAAAGGGGGGGUCAGACAAAUUAUAACAAUUGCCUAUUACAGGUGUUGAUAUGUAUGGACCUCCGGUGGAUUUAUCUUUUAAAAACAUUACCAAUUUGGCAGAUACAUGGACAGAGGAACCAAGCAGAGGUCUGCGGCCUACAAAGAAAAGUACAGAGAUGAAGUAUGAAAGUCGCUCCUUGCGUUUCAGUAACAACAUCAUUACUGACCUUCAUGGCCUCCAGAUGACUGUCAGUCACUUCUUGGUUGAGCCGUCAUGGCUCGCCUGGCUGGACCUUUCCUUCAAUAAGAUCUCACACAUAGAUCAAGUUUUGUGUGAGCUGCAAGAGCUGCGUGUGUUGUAUCUGCACGGCAACAGCAUUUUAGUUCUGUCAGAGGUGGACCCGCUUGGGGUGCUCCCACAUCUACACACUAUCACACUGCAUGGAAAUGUCAUAGAAACCAACAAGAGGUACAGGAACCAUGUGAUCGCUGCUCUGCCGGGAUUAAAGACUAUGGACUUCAGUGCUGUGACACGUCAGGAGCGAGAGCUUGCAAAAAUCUGGCGUCACAGCAACGACCAAAGCAGAGGCAGAAAGGAGACCCUCCAGUGACAGCUGGCUGAUCUCCACCGGGGUGUGUGAGAGCCACAGUUACCCUAAUGCCCUCUGCACCACAUCCAUUCCAGCAACUCUGAAAGUUUUUGCAUUUGUCCAUGUGCCUGUGGUGAAACCAUCAGUUAUUAAUGUGUGCUUUUACUUCAGUUGAUCUGACAUGGAACUAUUUGUUAUUGGAUCGUCCUUAAAUCCCCCCCAAAAAAAAUUGUACUUAUGUCUGGGUUGCUGUAACAACUGAAUUUCCCCCCGGGGGAUCAAUAAAGUAAUAUCUUAUCUUAAAUAAGUCAUAAGUGAGCCGUUCAAAUUAAUUUCGAUUUCAAAUGAAGAAUUAGUCACUGAACUUCUCUGAUGGGUUGGCUCUGGACUGCUGUAAAUAAAGUUUUUGUUGCAAACAU